AGUGGGACCUAACACUUUCGCGACAUCAUUUUGUUGGUUGCAACGCAAGCGGCGCAGCACACUAUAGGCAAAAGGGACGGCUCUUUGCAUUGACCGGUAUUGUACAUCUGGCCAGCUUCCAAUUGUGGACACCAAGGCUCGAGCACGACAUACGCGGUGCCUCUAACCGACCUGUCAUUACUAACAACAACGUCACACUGACCCCUACGUUUGUUCCGCGGCUCAAGCAACUCUUGGUAUCAUGUGCCUUGACAGCUGCAUCUGCUGGCUGUGUCUCAGAAAGCGUUGCGCAAUGAAGCCACCCGCGGAGCUAGACUUGUACCACUUCUUCAACCAUGACUGAAAUCACGACUGCCUACCAGGCUCUCACUAAGCACCUGGCCAAGGAGAAGUAUGUCUUUUUAUGUCCUUCUCCAGAGACACAGGCCAGGGUGGUAAAUAAGAGACGUUCCAAUGUUUCGACAGAAGAUGCCCAGAACGCGUAUGAUUUCUUUGGAUGGAAUCUACCGUGUACCAGGGAAGCUCUACGAUCAAUAAUACCUGACGAUGUAUUCGAAAACCUCCACAAAGCCUCCAUAAUCACUCAAAGUGAUGAUGGGGGCUACCGCUCCACUAUCCGCGUAUCCAACUUCUACCUUCCCAACCUCCCGAAUUACGAAAUUGGUGCCGCGUCACCCUAUUACAUCCACUCGUCCUUCCCUGCAUCCUCAGAUUCCGUCUUCUUCGGACCUGACACAUACCUCUUCGUUUCAUUCCUGCAAAAUAUAACACGACAUCUUCCACAAGCACCUAGUAGCAUUAUAGAUGUCUGCUGCGGGUCGGGCGCAGGGGCGAUACAUAUGGCAAGGACAUAUCCUCAGGCAAAGACAUUAGGACUGGACCUGAAUCCACGUGCGCUGAGCCUGGGCGAUGUCAAUGCACAGCUGGCUGGUGUGAAGGUUGGCUUUUCCGAGUCAAACCUCUAUGCAACCGUACCUGAGGAAAUGAAGCACUACGGCGUCGAUCUCAUCGUGAGUAAUCCGCCCUACAUCGCAUCCAGCACCGACGGUAAGGACCUGCCCAUAUACGCAGAUGGUGGUGCUGGAUUCGGCCUAGAUAUAUCCUUGCGUAUCGUGGAGGAAGGGGUGAAAAUCCUAUCCUCGACUGGUGUCAUUGUGGUAUAUACGGGCGUCGCCAUGCCCAUGGCCGACCCUGGCCGCGAUGCUUUCUUAGAGAAGCUCCAACAAGUAGAAGGUGUGGAGCUUGCUGAGUACACAAUCCUGCAUCCAGACAUGUGGCCAGAAGAGAUUGGAAAGGGUGCCUACGCGGAUGUGUGCAGGAUACAAGUCGUUGGAGCUGUGUUGCGUCGGAAUGCUCGGAGUAUGGACGAGGUAAAAUCAGAGACGCGCAGACGAUGGGCAGUAUAAUAUUGAUUAUAAGAUUGAAGAGGAAAUUUACAGUCCAAUGGCCAAUGCUUGUCAAAUCCUUACUUGAAUUCGGCCUCUGGAUGCAUGCCGUCUGGAAUCUCCAAAGCAGUCGUAUACGCAGAUUGUCCGACCUGCUUCCCCCACGUAUCCGCAAUAGCUGGCAACACACUCCUUCCCGCAAAUACCGCAUUGGUGUUCGGUACAGGCCAAGGAACCGACGUAUU